UACGGCGCCAGUCCCGUGUUGUGCGAGGGAGCUUUGUUGUAAAAUUCUGGACUGCUCCGGCGAUGUCUGCCACCAUCAAUCACGAGGGCACAGACCAGCCGCUGCCUGUGGAGGUCCGGGAGCGGCCCACGGCGCACACGUCCAUCUACAAGGCAGGCCAGCUCGUCUACGACGGCGCGGCGGCUAGCGACGAGAGCGCAGCUGCAGCACGGGCGGCGGCAUCGAUGGAGCCGGGCACCUCACUGAACCAGAUGCUCGCGUGGGGCAUCGCCAACUCCUCGCCGGAGGAGCUCGAGCGGCGCGCCGCCGCUGGCGCCACUGCGCCCUCGCAGCUGGACCAGGAGGUGCUCGACAUGCUCCUCGGCCAGCCGGCAGUCGCGUCGAUGCGGGCCGCGCUGGGCAAGCUGGACGCGGAGGGCAUCGCCGCGGGCGCCGGCGCGACGGAGGCGGCGCUCGCCGCCCUCGAGGAGCUCGAGUACUACUGCGAGGACGUCGACCUCGCCGUCGACUUUGCAAAGAUCGGCGGCCUGCGCGCGGCGCUGCUGGUGCUAGGAGCGCCGCCGGCAGCGGCGGAGGGCGGCGCCGACGACUCGACCGCCGCCUCCGCCGACGGCCACCUGCCCGAGAUGCGUCCGCCCGACGCAGAGCUCGCCGAGGCGGCGUGCGGCGUCGUGGCGGCGGGCGCGCAGAACAACCCGCCGUUCCAGCAGGCGUGCAUCGCGCUGCGGACGCACCGCGCGCUGCUUGCGCUGCUCGUCGCCACGGGCGAGGCGGCGGCGCCGGUACCGCUGCAGCGCAAGGCGCUCCUCGCUCUCUCGGCCAUCGCGCGCGGAUCCGCCGAGGCGGCGGCCGCCGUGCUGGCUGCCUAA